CGAGCACCCAACAACAAUUCAAUUUGCCCCGUCAUCUACACCACCACCAGCAGUAUGGGGACCUGCCUGUCCAAGGACUCUUCGGCGUUGGUUCUCGAGCCCCAGCCCCGUCACGCACCUGUGUCCAAGUCCUUGCCGCGCAAGAAGGAUCUUCCGACCACCGACGUCCCGGUGUUUGCCCCGAUGGCCGCACCACGGUCGUCGUCCGAUGCGUCGACAGUCACCGACUCGUUGGAUGUCAAGCUCGUGGUCGUGACACCGCUGCCGUCGUCCGAGGCCAGCUCGGCGCCUGCAUCGCCGACGACGUCGACGCAAAACGACGACGACGACAACGUGCCAGACACGGGCGACCAAACCAUGGCUUCGCCUGCAAGCGUCGCGCCGGAUCAAGUCGAAGCGGACGCGCCACUGUCGCCUCCGUUCCAGCCACACGUGACGAGCCCCAUGACGACGCUCGCCAAGACACUCCAGAGUUCGUCGACCGCCAUGUUUUUUCCACUCUACGGCGUCCGCUCGACGCAGCGCAAGAGCUACGUGCCGAUGCUUGAAACCGUGCGCCACAAGACGCUAUUGCCAUCUUACGCGGACGCGGUGCAUUUUGCUGCGUACGGCCCCCCCAACUUUGCCGCAGCGUCGCAUUUUGGCUUGUCGAUUUGGGCCUUCCUCGCAACCUACGACGCCGCCGCGUCCUCGCCACUGCCCAUUUGGCUCCAAAUCGAGCGCGGGCAAAUGGUCCACGUGACGCUGCAUGUACCGGAAAUCGGCUACAGCGUCGCGGACGGCGAGACCAAGUCCUUUGUCUGGGACCACCACGCGACGCACGUUCAUUUUGACGUUGUCGUUCUCGACGCGACAGUCCUCGGGCAGCCGUUCUUUGCGGACGUUGUCGCGGGCCCGCACGUCCUCCGACUUGCGUUCCAGCUUGCGACGCUCUCGGAUGCGGCCGGCGCCUUGACGCAGGCGUACCCGAGCCAAGCAAUGCGCAUCACGGAGCAGGCGCGGACUCUAGCGUCCGAGGACUUUGACGUCGCGAUCGGUGCGACCACGGGCAGCUACAAUGGCACGGCCGUCAACGUCGACGCUCUCCAUGACGCGUCGACCGUCGACGCCCUCAGCGCCCGCAUGCAGCAGAUGAGCCACCACCCGCGCAUUGCUCGCAUUCUCGGCGUUGCCAAGCUCCACGACCAUAUGCACUGGGUCUCGGAGCACAAGCAAGCGUUCACGCUGCACACGUACCUUGGCCAGCGCUUGACGAACGACGAAAAGACGGAUCUCAUGCGGGACAUUGCGGCCGGCCUCGCCCACAUGCACGAGUGCGGCCUUGCCCACAACAGCGUGAGCACGCGCCACUGCAUCGUGGACCUCGACGGCCGCGUGACGCUCGGCGGGUUCAGCGCCGUGGCCGUCGCGUCGACGCAAGCCGAGAUGGCGGUCGACGUCCUCGAGUUUGGCUACGUGCUCUGGGAAGCGUUUACCGAUGUGCCAGCGACGGAUAUUGGCUCGACCUGGCACGAAAUCGUGGUGGCCGUCGAGCUCGGCCCGUCCGCUGCCACGAUGCCGCUCUCGAUCCAAGCCUUGCUCCUCGCGUGUCUCUCGGAAGACAUUGCGCGUCGGCCAACGAUGGUUGAUGUCGUCGAUGCCCUCGGUGGCGCCAAGCCAAAGUCGAUCAUGGACACGGUGGGCCUUCUCAAGAUGGCAUAGAGAUUGUGAGUAUAUAUAAAUUAUUGACCAAGUGUAUAGAAUAAAAGAAAAGACAACUUGUCUCUUGGUCGAGGACCCUAGUUUUCAU